AUGCAGAACGCCCGCCGUAAGCACGGCAAAAGUAGUGUCAAGGCAUGCAAGGGUCGUAAUCAGCGUGCGACCAUCGCCCAGAUCAUUCCAGACCACCUCCGUUCUUCGCGCCCGAAUCCCUCCUCCGCUAGCGACGACAGCUUCGACUCUGUCAGCACUUCUGCCUCCGCUUCCCCCUCGUCCGACCCCUCGACCCUCACCCCUACCAACUCUAUGACGACCAACGGUUCGACCACGACAAAACAAUCCAUGGCUCGAAAGGCAUCGUCGCCAUUGGCGCCCACCUUUAUGGUGUCUGCGCCAGGCAAAGUCAUCGUGUUCGGAGAGCAUGCCGUCGUUCACGGCAAAGCGGCCAUGGCCGCCGCCAUCUCCCUCCGUUCAUACCUCCUCGUCACCACCUUGACCAAGUCGCAGCGCACCGUCACCUUGAACUUCAGAGAUAUCGGCUUAGCGCAUACGUGGAACAUUGACGAUCUGCCCUGGGACGUUUUUCACCAACCAGCCAAGAAGAAGUACUACUACGACCUCGUCACCUCCCUGGAUCCCGAGCUGGUCGAUGCCAUUCAGCCUUACGUUGACCAAGUCUCGCCCGAUCUCCCUGAAGACCAGCGCAAAAUCCAUCGUCGCUCCGCCUCUGCCUUCCUGUACCUCCUCCUCUCCCUGGGCUCCCCGCAACACCCCGGCGCCAUCUACACCCUGCGCUCUACAAUUCCCAUCGGUGCUGGCCUAGGCAGCAGCGCCAGUGUCUGCGUCUGUCUGAGUGCCGCCCUCCUUCUCCAGAUCCGCACCCUGGCCGGCCCCCACCCGGAUCAGCCCCCCGACGAGGCCGAGGUCCAGAUUGAGCGCAUCAACCGGUGGGCGUUCGUCGGCGAGAUGUGCACGCAUGGGAACCCCAGUGGCGUCGACAACACGGUCUCCGCAGGCGGCAAAGCCGUAAUCUUCAGACGGACGGACUACUCCAAACCUCCCUCCGUCCGCUCGCUUCCCACUUUCCCCGAACUCCCUCUCCUCCUCGUUGACACGCGACAACCCCGUUCCACCGCUGUUGAAGUCGCCAAGGUCGGGAAACUGAAGGAGGAGCACCCCGUCGUCACCGAAUCGAUUCUCGAUGCGAUUGACAAAUUGACGCUGUCGGCGGAGGAGCUGCUGGACGGAUGCGAGAAAACCGGAGUCACGGAGGAGGUGCUCGAACGCCUGGGCACAUUGGUCCGCAUCAACCAUGGAUUCUUGGUCUCCCUGGGUGUCUCCCAUCCACGCCUGGAGCGCAUCCGCGAACUGGUGGAUUUUGCCAACAUUGGAUGGACAAAGUUGACCGGUGCCGGCGGUGGUGGCUGUGCGAUUACGCUGCUACGUCCCGACGCGGAUAAGAAUGCCGUGCGCGACCUGGAAGCCAAGUUGGCUGCCGAAGGAUUCGCCAAGUACGAGACCACCCUGGGUGGCGACGGAAUCGGAGUCCUUUGGCCGGCCGUACUUCGCAACGGCACCGAUGAGGAAGGCGGCGAGGAGAUUGAUCAGCAGAAGUUCGAACUCGCGGAUGGCACUGAGGGUAUCGAGCGUCUGGUGGGCGUCGGCACCCACGAGAAGCGCGAAGGAUGGAAGUUCUGGAAGCGCGCGAUUCGCCCGUGA